UUUUUUAAUCAAGCAUCAUGCAACGUUUUGAGUCAGUGUUACUUUGCUACUAAAUUUCUGUCUCUCAUAAAUGACAUUUAAAUUUAUAUGAAAUGUUAUUAAUCAUUUGAUACUUCAUUAUUAUAUUUUGGCAGUUUUAGUUCUCUUCGAUUUUAUCAUAUCGAUUCAAUUCUAAUGAGCCGCUAAGUGCGGAUCAGUUGACGAAAAUACGUGAAGUUGCCAAUAAAUGUUUCGUAGACAAAAGCUUACAGAGCGAAUUGAAACGGAUGAAGUUAUGAACUAAUUAUAUUAAAAAAUAAAGAAUAAAAAAUUAUUUAAAAAUUGUUUAAACAAAUGUUAUUUAUUUUGACAAUCAAGAAUAUUAUACCAUUGUUCAUUAUAUAGCUAUAAAAACAGUCAGUAAUAAAAAAUCGCAUUAGGCAUUGUACAGUUGUAGUGAAUUGUUCUGAAUAAUAAUAACGCUUUUUAAAUUGGCUUCAUUACCAUGAGUCGCGAAAAAAGAAAAUAACGGCAAAAAGAAAAAUAAAUUAAAAAAUUUGUGUAAAAAGUAAAUUAGUAUUAUAUCCCAGUUGUCGAAAGUCGAGUUCGCGCCAAUUUGCAUAUAAAAUGCGAUUUUCAGUCCGAAGUUCAACAUUGCUCAUCAAAAUGAGGGUCCAGGUAUUACCGUUUUGUCUACUUGUGAUGAUUUACACAACUUGUUUCACUUUGGCAUUGAAAAUACCUAUGACAAUGCAGAAACAUCUGAAGCCCUGUCAAACAGAAUUGAACCUAACUGAUAGCACACUUAUGAAUAUCGAAAAAAAUGACGAGAAAAGAGAAUUGAGAUCGUGUUUGGGUGCUUGUAUGUUAAAGAGGGAAGGAGUUCUUAAUGCUAACGGGACGUUUAACAAAAUGAAAGCCAUUAAUAUAAUUGAUCCUCGUGUAUCAAAAGAGGAUGCCUAUAAGGCUAUUGAUAAUUGCCAGAAUGAAGUAUCCAAGAAUAUAUGUGAAACGGCCGAACUGCUUUAUAAAUGUUUUACGGUAUACAACGUGUUAUAAUCUGGAUUCGUUUUACAAGAAGAAGUAUUUCUAUAAUAAGAAGAAAAAAGAAGUAAAAAUAUCAGAAUCCAGUCGGCGGCAUAAUGUGAAUUUUCGAUUAAUAAAAUCAUGAAUAUAUAUAUAUAUUCCUUUAGUAUCCGAAUCAAUAAAUUUAUAAUAGCAUCAA